AUCAUACUUCAUAAGGAACCAAAGCACACCCAACAACCUUUGUGACUUGCCAUGUCUUCUAUUGUGCAAAAUCUAAGCAAACCUCUUUAUAUCAUACAUGUGCAUGAUGAAUUCUCAUUCAGUUUGAGCUGAUAUCGAACUGGGUCACCACUUGUUCUGUCUAAAUUCUGGUCUCAGAUUAGAGUUUUUUCUUUCGUUCUUAAGUGGAAUUCCCUAACCAAGGAAAAUGGUGGUGUUUAAGAAUAACUCAGAUUAUCGGUACACUGAUAUUGCCAAGCAGGAAUUGAUUGAAGUGUGGAUAAUGAUCACUGAGCUUAAAAAGUAAAAGUUACUAACGAGUCUUGUUCCUAAAAAGAAGGCUAUAGGAAUAAUUCAGGAGUCUGUGUCAGAAAGUCAUUUGGUACUGCUUGAGUAUAUCAAAGAACUGGUUACUUCUCAAUAUGCAAACAUCUCAGAAACAUGAAUUUUCUUAUGGCUCUGGCAGGUUCUACGAUGAGCCUGUGCAAAAUCCGGAGUCAUAUUGCUUACCAUCAAGUGAGAACCUAGACAAUUACUCUUCCUCUGAUAACAGCAGCCAAGCAACCUACCCUCCACUCCAAACAUUAGAACACCAUUACACCCUUGAACCUGCUUCAGCAAGCUACGGUUUCCCUUACCAAAAUUCUCCCCCUGCUGUCGGUUUCUCACCUAACUAUAGCCCAGUGUCAAAGCUAGGUUCAGCAUCAUAUGUGUUAAGGCCACAGCAUUCUCUUGAAACUAUUAAUGGCUCACCUGAGAAUGAUUCUUACUCAACACAUGAACUUGAUGAAUGGAAUAAGAUAAGAGAGAUUGAAGCUUCUCUGCUGGGACCUAAUGAAGACAUGCUAGAUAUAUAUGAUGCUGUACUUCCAGAAAUAUCUGAUUCAUUUUUGUCAGAGGAAGAGAAGUUGAAGAAAAUGAUGAUAUCUAGAGGGGAUUUGAAAGAGAUGCUUUAUACUUCUGCAAAAGCAAUGGCUGUGAAUGAUAUGGAGACAACUGAAUGGCUGAUGUCAGAGUUGAGUAAAAUGGUGUCCAUUUCGGGCAACCCAAUGCAACGAUUAGGAGCAUACAUGUUGGAGGCUCUUGUUGCAAGGAUGAGGUCUUCAGGAAGCACAAUAUACAAAUCCUUAAAAUGCAGUGAACCUACUGGUAAUGAACUACUUUCAUACAUGCAUGUACUUUAUGAAAUAUGUCCAUACUUCAAGUUUGGCUAUAUGUCAGCAAAUGGAGCAAUUGCUGAAGCUAUGAAGGAUGAAAGUGAAGUUCACAUAAUUGAUUUUCAGAUUGGUCAGGGAAGCCAAUGGGUGAGUCUAAUCCAGGCGCUUGCUCGCCGGCCUGGAGGACCGCCAAAGAUCAGAAUAACUGGUGUUGAUGAUUCCGUUUCUGCUUAUGCCCGGGGAGGGGGGCUCGAUAUUGUGGGAAAAAGGUUGUCAACACUUGCACACUCAUGUCAUGUACCUUUUGAGUUUCAUGCUAUCAAAGUUUCUGCUUCUGAGGUGCAACUUGAAGACCUUGAACUUAGACCUUAUGAAGCUGUGGCUGUGAAUUUUGCCAUUAUGCUGCACCAUGUGCCAGAUGAAAGUGUGAACAGUCAGAACCAUCGCGACCGGUUGUUGAGGUUGGCAAAGCACUUGUCUCCUAAGGUAGUGACUCUGGUUGAGCAAGAGUUCAACACCAAUAAUGCUCCAUUCUUGCAGCGUUUUGUUGAGACAAUGAACUAUUACUUGGCUGUUUUUGAAUCAAUUGAUGUUGUUCUGGCAAGGGAGAGCAAAGAGAGGAUUAAUGUGGAACAACAUUGUUUGGCUAGAGAAGUUGUAAACCUAGUAGCAUGUGAAGGGGAAGAAAGAGUGGAACGUCAUGAGCUUUUGAAUAAGUGGAGAAUGCGUUUUAUGAUGGCUGGAUUUACACCUUAUCCAUUGAGCUCCUUUAUUAAUUCUUCAAUCAAGGAUCUUCUGGAGAGCUACCGUGGACAUUACACUCUAGAAGAGAGAGAUGGUGCACUAUAUCUUGGUUGGAUGAAUCAAGUUCUUAUUGCCUCUUGUGCUUGGAGAUGAAAAUCCAGUGAUAGUUGGUUCAUUUUUGUUACUGCAGGCUUUUAGUUAGGUUAUGUAUCAUCCUUAUCUACUUUAUAGAGUUUCUCAUUUCAUAGUCAAAUACUUUUUUGUUAAAGAGCAUCCAAAAAUGUUAUGUAAGCAAUACCAGUAACAGCAAUAAAGACUAUAUAUUCUGAAUUUUCCUUUGCAAUGUGUUUUAGAACAUAUACUCUUUGCCACAGAUUAAA